AUGCGGGCCAUCAGAGCGGCCGGGGCAGCUGUCGCCCUUUCCGAUGGACGAGUGUUUGUGGCGGGCGGUUUCAACUCACGCGAGUUAACCCCAAAUUCCGACCAGGCCAGUGUGGAGUUCUGCAACCUGCAGUCACACUGGGAGGCAAGCGACGCCGGUGAGUUUUGGCGACCAGCCGCGCCAAUGAUUAACGCCCGCAAUUACUUUGCUAUGGUCUAUUUUAAGGGAAAGGUGAUUGCCGCUGGUGGCGGGCCUGAAGGGAAAGAAGUCGAGGUCUUCACCCCACCGGACGCUGAUCAUCCUCUCGGACAAUGGGCCCUGUCGACACCAAUGUCCACAUUACGCUCAUGUUCAGCCCUUCUCAUCUGUAAUAGUCGAUUAUUUGCAUUUGGAAUUUUCAUAAGUGUCAGAAUCUUUAUGAGUACUCUGAUGUGUUUUACCUAUGACGGAUGUCAAGAUGGAAUGCAGUCGACCGCAGGCGAGAUGAAGCUGUUUGAAGGACGAGACUUGUCUGACCAAAUGCGCUGUUCACGUAAGAUGAACGCAUUGUAUAAAAAGAAACAAAUAGCCUCAGCCCCAAUCCUAUCGACCGCCAUGUGA